AUGAAGUCGAUGGAGACUGACAAGUCUGUGGCAGAUUUUGUCUCCAAGGCGAGCGCCUCCCGCCCUGUCACCGCCGUGCACCCGACUUCUCCUGGCAUGUCAUCGUACAUGUCGUCGACCGAGCCGAACCUGUUUCACGUGCUUCAGGUUCACGAGCAGCCACCCAUCCUCAAACGCACGAUACCUACGCCGCACUACGCCAAGGAUCUCGUGUCGCCUCAAAAGACCCGGCUCAACUUUUACUUGGACCAGCGCCAACAAGUGCAAACGCACCAGCCCAACCCGCCGCCGUCGUGGUCCCCCAUCAGCCCGGGGACGCCUCGCCCCGUUACGGUGUCCUCCCCCUCCCCUCGAGAAAAGGCCAACGUCACCACCCCCCGCGUCGUGCACGUCCACGGAAGGGAACACCUCGAAGUGCGCGCUUGCAUGUUGGCCCAUCGGUACCGCUUAGAUGUCGACCAGCUGGUCAAAUCGCACGACGACCACCGACAGUCCGUGGCUGAACUCAAGCAGCAACGCCGGGCCACGUUGCUCCCAAACACUGCGAACGCCCAAGAAUCUGCACGCCGGAAGACGCAGUUCCUGCUCGACCAUUACUUUGGUGUCCAUGACUCAGCGCAACCGUGCAUUUCCCCCGCCGCAGCCACAGGGACAACCCCCCCUCUUCGACAUCCCCACAAGGCGGCGGCGUCGUCGUCGCCUUGCCCAAUGACACGAACGCGGAAGUCGCUCGGAUCCUCCACGUCCCCUUCUCGCGGUGGUAUCAGCGAUGGGCACCAUGUUUUGCUUGACGUUGUGGACGAGUGGUCCCUGCAUGCAGAUGCCACAACGUCCGACGUCGAGUCGUUUUGGCAAUCAGUCACGGCACACAUGGAGUCCUCGUAUGUCAUGCAAGCGACCGUGGUGGACGCCGCCCACCCCCACGCCCUCGCCGUGCACAUUGCCCUCGAUUGUUUAACCAAAGUAGCCGACCACCUUCCCAGCUACGCCCGGCUCCUGCAUGUGCUCAAAGUCGUGCUCGAGCGAGCGCUGUACGUUCCAGACCCUGUCACGCCCCCCCCCAACGACAAACCGUCCAUCCCACCCCGCCAACUUUACGUGGACCAACUCGCCGCGACUCAAAAGUCCCUGGACGAUUGCAUGGCCCAAAUCGCGGCUCACAAAGCGUCGCAACGGGUCGCCCCCCUCGAUAAGAUCGCUGGCAUCGUCGCGUCUGCUGCCAGCGACGCCGAGCGUCAUGAGUUGCUGCUGAAUGUCGUGGGCCAGCAUCUGCCCCAGUCCACCCUUGGCAUGGACGUGGUCGUCGCGGCCGCCACGCAUGCGUCCGUGUCGGACCAGCUGACCCUCAUGGCGUCGGUGGUUGCCCAGCGAUCGCUACAUGACAUGCAGCCUCUGCUCUUAGCCAUCCACAACAAGCACAAGCACGCGAUGGCCAUGUUUAUGGAGGAUCACGCGGACGCUAUGGAGGCGCUUGUGCUAGACGACGGCGGCCGCGGCGUCCAGCGGGUGAUGGAAGCCAACGGACCGUUCUUUAGCGACUUGUUCCUCCGUGCGCCGUCGUUGUUAAACAACGCGCUGCAAGCCCCGACCCUGUUGCUGAGCCAAGUGGUCGAACAGAAUCGAUCGGCGAUUGCCCAUGUCUUGGGCCAAAAGCCAGACGUGUUUCUACAUGUCUUGGCGACCGCCCUCAAAGACAACAACCUCCUCGCCCUCGAAGAAUACUUGGUCAAAACGCCCAAGGCCCUCCGCGACGUGCUCCUGAAUCGCCCCACGCUGCUUUCAGGAAUCGUCAAGUCCAGUCCAAGUAUCUUGACCGACGUGUUGGUGAAUGCCAAAGCCGCGUUUGCCCGGGUCGUGACCGAAGUCCCAGACCACUUGACGGCAGUCUUUAAUGCCCAUCCAUCGUCAAUUGGAACCAUGUUUGCUGCGUCGGGCGACAUGCUCGGCCCUAUCCUCGACCAGUGUCCACAGGCGCUGACUGCGUACUUGGAAAACGCCCCCGAAACGAUCGUGGACAUCGCCCAUCGCGCGCCGAAGCUCUUGUCCAUGCUGUUCGCGAGGUUCCCCGACUUGCUCGUGGAGCCGUUGGAAAUGAACCCGACGGUGCUGGCCACGUUUUUAGCUUCACACAAGGAAAUCCUCCACGCGAUGCCCGUACAUGACUUUAUGGACGCUAGCAGUGGCGGCGGCCCUUUCCGCAAACUCGCUAUGGCCGCCACCCAAACUGAAGCGACAGUGGCCAUGCAAAAGCAGGUCGCGAGCGGCGCGUCGAAACUGAAGAAACGCAACAACGUGCUCAUGCAGAUCGUCAAGAAGCGCAAAGUGAACGCCAUGGCCGAGGCCGACGUGUUGAAAGAAAUCUCGAAAUUGUACGCCAAGAAACUCGUGUUUGACGACAUCGACGACCGGUCGGGGUUGGAUCGGUAUUCCCUCGCCGAAUUGACCCAGGAUAUUUACGUACAAGAGUUUGGCCUAAAAAGCACGGCUCAAAAGCGAAUUGCGAGCCUCGUGGCUGGGCUGAAAAAGAUUGACAAGGAGAAUUCGAGAGCCAAGUGGUUCAGCGUAUUGCUUGGGGCGACGGCCGAGCUGUACAACGCCCAAGCCAUCGACGUCUACCUCCAAGCGCUGCAGUUUAUGGUCCCGCCAGGGGACGUCGAAGCGCGGCUAGGCGACGGGUCCUCUCCUUGUUUCAUCCCGCUGCAGGUUGCCAAGGAGCUGGCCGUCCACGCAUAUGAUAACUCGAUACCCAUGGACGUGCGACUACAGCUGCAAAAGCGGAUCGUGGGGCUGCCGUCGGAAGCGCACGUGCCCGACGCCGUCACGUCCUCCUCGUCAAGUCUGCCGGAUGACGGUCUGCACAUGGAGGUCAGUUUGGACGACGUUAUGGACUGCGUCAUGUCCAUGUGGUACGAGUACCAGACCAAUGUGGACAAGGAAAUGACCAAGCUGUUUGCAGAAGCCGACGAGGACGGCAACGGCGUGCUGACGUACCAAGAGUUCGAAUCGAUGAUCAAAAAGGUCGACGCUGACUGCGACGACCGCACGAUCAUGCGCAUUUUCAACAUGUGUGGCGAAGAGAACGAUCAAGGCGAGCACGAAAUCAAACCGUCGGACUUUGCGACGGUUAUGCGGGCCUACCACGUCAACAACAACCAAGAGAUGACCCACGGAUGA